UCAGCGUCCAAAGAAGAGGAUGCUAUAUGGUCCGUAUAAAGUUCGUACCAAGGCCAGGCGAUAAGAGGGGCGACCACCUUUUCUUAGCAGCUAUUUUGUUAGCAGUUUUCAUAAUUUGUAUUGGAUAUCUAACUGUCUUCGUAAUAAUCUACAGACGGAAAUAUAGACUCUCUGGGAUAGACAAUGACACAGAUAGAGAAAGUAAUAAGGAUACCAGAUUGAGUAUAAAGACGCUCAGCAGUCAAUUAUCAACAAAUAAGCAAAAUUCUGUAGAAAUAGAAGAAAUGUAUUAUUAAUUACUG